GAAUCGAUGAAUCCUGAAUCAGAUCAAAAUAAGUUGCUACAAAAAUUUAAAAAUUUACGCAAAGAACCACAAAAACAAGUAGACUAUUUAACAAAUGCAAUAAAUGAUAUCGAAGAAAAUCUUAUUCGAAAUAAAGAAAGUUAUAAAAUACAAAUGCAGAAAAUCGAUCAACUAUUUCGAGCUAAUGUGAACGAUCUUAAUGAACAGAUAAAUCAAUUGAAAAGUGACCUUGAAAUUCAGUCACUUCAUUUGAAACAAAUUGAAAAGUGGUUAAAAGCAACACGGGGAUGGAUUUUAAUUCGAAAAUAUUUGUAUAAACAGAAAUAUCGUAAAUGGAAAAUGGAAUUGUUACGAACUCAUUAUCAUAUUGAAGAUGCAUAUGAAGCAUUCAAUAAAACUGUAUUCGGUAAUGAAGCUAAUCAUCCAAUAUGGAAAGUAUGUACAAAUUCAUUAGCAACAGUACAAUAUCCUACUUCUAAUAACUGGAUAAAUGAACAAUCUUGGCUUCAUUAUAGAAAACAAAUUAUUGAAUCACAAUUAAGUACAAAAAAUAAAGAUGAAAUAAAAUGCAUUCAACAUAGAUUACGUAGUCGUAAAAUUACUCAACAAAUACUUAAUCAUUAUUCUAAUAGAGAAUCUCAUGAAAAUAAUGAAGAUUAUGUUGAUGAAAUUAAUGAAUCGAAGCAACAAGAUGAAUUAACAAAUUAUGCUUACAGUAUAAAUCAUCCAUUACAUAUACAUGAGCAACAAUUGAUGAAUACAUUUAAUCAAAUAAAAACUGUGCAAUAUUUAAAUCUAAUUGAAUUAAAUGAAAAAGAGAAUGAUUUACAUUCAUUACUAACACACAUUAGGAAUCUGAAAUUUGAUCUUGAUAAUGAAUACACAAAAUAUACACAAAUGAGUUUCAAUGAAAUCGACAAGAAGAAACAACAGUUGAUCAACUUUUCAAAAGUACUAGAUGAAUUAGAAGAAGAAGAGGCUGUUGAAUUCAACAAUUUAAUUAGUAAAGCAAGAAAAACAAAUGAAACAAGGAUUGUACUUAAAAAGGAGUUGAAAUAUUUAAGAAUUAGUCAAAAUAUCAAUGCUAUGCAUCGUUUUACUUAUUUUGAUUAUAGGUAUAAUUUACCUUUAUGCAAAUUAUAA